AUGGAGAAGUCAGCAUCCAAUCAGGAGUCAAUAAACAAAGAUUCUUUGAUCGAUGAAACCAAAUUAAGAAGCCACCAGAGAAGACUCAAAAUGACUUUAGGGGACAUUACAACGGCAUUUGUGCUUAGGACCAAGGUCCACGGGCUAAAAUACGCAUUCUCGCCACACAAAUCCAAAAUCCAACGGUGUUUUUGGCUGCUGGCUCUCUUUGUUUGUUUGGGGCUUCUUUUCACAUGGUCUUGGAAUCGAAUCCUUUAUCUUCUCUCCUUCCCAGCCGUGACCAAGAUCUACAUGGUUUGGACUCGUAACGUCACGUUUCCAGCUGUAACGUUCUGCAACCAGAACUUCUUCCGGGUGUCCAGUCUCACCAAAACUGACCUCUACUAUAGUGGCUAUUGGAUGGACAUUAUGCACUUGAACCAUACGGUUAACCGAGAGAGCGCUUCAAUGCUCAAACACAGUCGACACAGAGAAAGACUGCUGCAUCUUCUUGACUUCUCCAACUACACACCACCUCCUAACCACAGGCUCAACACGACAGAGAUGAUUGACAGGCUGGGCCACCAAUUAGAAGACAUGCUCCUGGCAUGCAGGUUUCGGGGUGAAAACUGCACUUACAAGAAUUUCACGCCUAUUUACACAAGAUAUGGGAAAUGUUACACAUUCAACUCUGGUUUAGAUGGAAACCCAUUGCUGACGACUUUAAAAGGUGGAACUGGAAACGGGCUGGAAAUCAUGUUGGAUAUUCAACAGGAUGAGUACUUGCCCGUUUGGGGUGACACAGAUGAAACUUCGUAUGAAGCAGGCAUCAAAGUUCAGAUCCACAGCCAGGAUGAACCACCCUUCAUCGAUCAGCUUGGAUUUGGAGUGGCCCCUGGUUUUCAAACUUUUGUGUCUUGUCAGCAACAACUGCUUCAAUAUCUUCCUCCACCAUGGGGCGACUGCAAAUCCACCCCGAUGAACUCUGAAUUCUUCUCCACAUACACCAUCACGGGCUGUCGCAUUGACUGUGAGACCCGCUAUCUGUUAGAGAACUGUAACUGCAGAAUGGUGCACAUGCCAGGCACCUCUACUGUCUGUACACCAGAGCAGUACAAAGACUGUGCUGAUCCAGCUUUAGAUUUUCUAGUGGAGAAGGACAAUGAUUACUGUGUUUGCGAGACUCCUUGCAACAUGACUCGCUAUGGUAAAGAGCUGUCCAUGGUAAAAAUACCCAGCAAGGCCUCUGCUAAAUAUCUUGCCAAGAAGUUCAACAAGACAGAACAGUAUAUCGGGGACAACAUAUUGGUUCUGGAUAUAUUUUUUGAGGCUCUGAACUAUGAGAAAAUUGAACAAAAGAAAGCAUAUGAAGUUGCUGGAUUACUUGGUGAUAUUGGGGGACAGAUGGGUCUGUUUAUAGGAGCCAGCGUCUUAACAAUAUUGGAGAUAUUUGAUUACUUGUAUGAGGUUUUUAAGGACAAAGUACUGGGUUAUUUUCUACGCAAGAGACAGCCACAUCGGAGUGCUAGUGACAAUCUGAGCACAUGCGACACACUCCGGAGUCACUCGGACAGUCUCGGAUUCGCGCCGAACGUCCUACCUAGUCACUCGACUAUAGGCAACUUUGAGGAAUUCGCUUGUUGAUGGCACAGUUGGCGGGAACCCGAUGGGACAGUUUAGGGUAUGACGGAAAACUGUGAAAUAGACUCCAAAAGAAGUGUAAGUUCACGAAAUGUAUGUUAAUUAGAUGACAUAAAUAAUCGAUCAACUCCUGAAUAGAAGUAGAUAUUAUCAUGAAGUACAAAUAGUCAACACUUCCAAAACAAAACUCAGGUUUUAUGAACAUACUGUAGCUCAACAUCACGGCCAUUGUUUGUUUGACAUUGUGAAAAUUCUGGUAGAUGUCAUGCCAUAUCUUUCAAAUGAUGUAAAACAUACAAAUACUGUGACAGUAUUUCAUCCAAGAGAGUAUUUUGUGCUUUGACUACUGUAUGAACACUGUGGGCCUAAUUUGAUCAAGCCGCCUUUAACAGAUAUAAAAAUCAUUUUAAUAUUGCACAAAAGUUGUUAUAAAUACAGUUGGCUCAGCCAAGGUUUUUUUUUUGUACAAUAUUCGUGAGCUUUAACUAUGAACUUGCUGCGGUUUGACUAAAUUCAGCCCUAUGAUAGUACUCAAAUGUGUAAUCAUUAAGAAUGUUUGUCUCUAUUCAUAUUUUGUGUAUAUUAGUGCAAUAAUAUGCAUAAUGUAUAUCGUAUAUUACCUUCAAGUCUUAAUUAUUAGCUGUCAGGAAAACAGACAGACGCUUUCAAUACAACCUGAGUGACCAGCAAAUUGCUUAUUCUCAGUAUUUGAUUUUGACAGGCUAAUAUUAUGCUAUUUAUCUAUUUGUUUCAACCUCACUAGACAGUGACAAGACAGGACGUUGAAUGAUAUUUAAAUGUAUGAAUCGUGCGUUUUAUAAGUGUAAUGUUCUCAAGGAAGCUUCACUGUCUGGAUUCAUUCAAAUCCAAACUAUAAUGUAUUGAAUACAAGGAUUGAGUCUGUCAAUCAAAUUGUUGUAACUACAUGGUUUCAUGAGAGCUGGUUCAUUAUUUAAGUGGCAAAGACUGUAAGCAAUGUGUUGAUGUAGAAAUUCUAUCAACACAGUCAUGGAAGAGAUCUUGAAGAGUUAUAAACUCCUAUCUCAUAUUUGCAAAACAUGAGCACUUCAGCAUUAAAGGGAUAGUUCACCCAAAAAUAAAAAUUCAGCCAUUGUUUACUCACCCCUGUGUUGUUAUAACCCCAUAUGACUUUCUUUCUUUUCUGUGAAA